GCAAAAAAAAAAAAAAAAAACCAUGAUCGUUGCAAAAGAAAGUUUGUAGGCCAUCUGGGAUGAUAUGGACAUCUCUUUGUUAAAAAAAUAACUCUUCAUUUACACACUGGAGCUACUUGUACUGGUAUUUGUUUUAUGGCACAGCUGGUAGCACACUGCAUUAAUGUUUGAUCAAAUGGAUACAACAUAAUAAACAAAAUCCUUAUAUAUAGCCAGCUGAGCUAUCUACCCUUUCACAGUCAAGGGGGAUUGGUACACUUUAGAAGAAAGAAAGUGUCCUUGGUCGGGUAUCUUUAGAACCAUUUCAAUGGAUAAUUCGUUCGUUUUUGUUACGAUUUUUGGUCUGCUACUUGCAUUAGGAAAUGUAGCUUCUCAAGCUGAAGCUGCAAGGGCAUUUUUCGUGUUCGGAGAUUCACUAGUUGAUAAUGGUAACAACAACUAUCUAGCUACUACUGCUCGAGCUGAUGCAUACCCCUAUGGCAUUGACUAUCCGACUCAUAGAGCUACCGGCAGGUUCUCUAAUGGCCUUAACAUCCCAGAUCUUAUCAGUGAGCAAAUUGGUUCUGAACCAACAUUGCCAUACAUGAGCCCGGAGCUCACAGGACAAAAGCUACUUGUUGGUGCCAACUUUGCAUCUGCUGGAAUUGGAAUCCUCAAUGACACUGGAGUUCAAUUUAUCAAUAUAAUCCGAAUUUCCAGGCAACUAGAUUACUUCCAGCAAUAUCAGCAGCGUGUGAGCGCACUUAUUGGACCUGAACAAACUCAACGCCUAGUGAAUGAAGCACUCCUUCUCAUAACCCUUGGUGGCAAUGACUUUGUAAACAACUACUACCUGGUGCCCUUCUCAGCAAGAUCUCGCCAAUUCACCCUCCCAGAUUACGUCGUCUUUAUCAUUUCCGAGUACCGGAAAAUUCUAUUGAAGCUGUAUGAUUUGGGGGCAAGGAGGGUUUUGGUGACAGGAACUGGACCAUUGGGUUGUGUCCCAGCAGAACUAGCUCAGCACAGCAGAGCUGGUGAAUGUGCGGUUGAGCUGCAACGAGCAGCAGCCUUGUUCAACCCGCAGCUUGUUCAAAUGCUAAACGGACUCAAUAGUGAGCUUGGGUCACAUGUUUUCAUUGCAGCAAAUGCAUAUGAAAUGCACAUGGAUUGGAUCGGUAACCCUCAAGCAUAUGGUUUUGUUACAUCAAAGGUAGCCUGCUGUGGACAAGGACCUUACAAUGGAAUCGGACUCUGCACAAUAGCAUCAAACCUGUGCCCUAACCGAGACAUUUACGCGUUUUGGGAUCCAUUCCAUCCAUCAGAGAGGGCCAACAGGCUGCUUGUACAACAGAUGAUGACUGGUUCCAGCAAGUACAUGAAUCCAAUGAACCUUAGCACCAUUAUGGCAUUAGAUUCUAGGGUCUAGCAAUCUUAAUACUACACUCCUCUAUAUUUUCCCUAUUAAACUGGUUUUUUUUUCUACUUAGUUGUAUGCCUGGAUGAGAUAUUGUUAUUGUUAUAUGCUUCAAAUUGAAUGCCUGCAGCAUUGGUUAAUGACUAAACAUUGGUAAAAUGUCAGAUUAUUCUUCUUGAAUAAUAGCUUGGAUAAUUCAGUUACUCAUAACUAGGAUUUGGUACUUGAGGCUGUUAGAAUUUAAACCCUCAUUACCGAAAAUAAGAGUCCAACAUUUUACCAAUAAAUCAGAUAACAUAUUGACUUGGGUUCAUUUUUUUUUUUAAAUAAUGCUGUAAAUUUUCAAUAAUGUUGUGAAUUUCUAGAUUACCUAGUAGGAACAAUUCGUACUG